UAGUAUUUCUUUCUGGGGAAAUUGCGCUAAGGAUAAUGAGGGAGUAAAGGAUGUUCCAGCUUCAAAGCUCUUCUAGUGGUACCUGCUGCUGUGAGCUGCCACCUCUGUGGACUGGGGAUUUGGUGUUUCAGGGCCACGCCACGGGUGGACGUACCCUGCCCCCCACAAACCAGACCCUCACCCCCUCCCGCCACCCCUGCCCGGCCUCUGGCAGGGUCCCGGCCUCCCGUCCGCUGCCACCCUGGCGCUGCGCUGCAUGGAUGGCGUUUUCCUCUCGCCCAACGAGGAUGAGUUCGUGGGCAGGAUCGCCGAAGAGCUGGAGCACUUCAUGCUGCAAGGGCAGCACCACAGAGUGCUCCUGUUCCCCCCCCUGUCCAGUCGCCUCAGGUACCUGAUCCAUCGGACCGUGGACAACGUGGAUUUGUUGAGCAGCUUUUCUGUGGGAGAAGGAUGGAGGAGGAGGACGGUCAUCUGUCACUCGGCUGUAAGGCUGCCCAGCGAGACUGGCGACCAAAAACCCAGCAGCAACCCCCCGAGACCGCACCGACCUCCGCAGCCGUGGGGCCGGGGGGGCCGAGGCGGCAGGCUGCGGCAUGGCGGGGAGAUGCACGGAGACAACUCUCGAGCUUGCGUGGGGUCUGGCAGGAUAAAAAGGCCACCCAGGAAGAAGCCAGAUAAAGCGCUGUACAUCCCCAAGGCGAUGCGCAAGAAGGCAGAAUGGGGGGAGCAGGAGAGCCCGGUGGCAGCUGGCACCGAGUCGGGUGGGAAUAUGGCACGGGAAGAAGAGAUCUGCCCUAAAGCUUCAGUCGGGGAUGCCCAGGAGGAGCUGGGCAAGUCUGAAGGCAGCCCAGGUGGUGUCUCCUUGGCCCUUGGCAAGCAACAGGAGCCUGGCGAAGAGUGUGUUUCAGGAAAAAAUAACGAUGACGCAAACAGCGAAUGUCCUCCGUGUUGUAUGGAUGUCCCGUCGUUAGAGAAUAGUAACGAUUUCUCUGGGCAGGAAAGUCAGGAUAAAGACUGUUCAGAUUCCCUUACUUCUGUACACAGUAAAAGCCCAACUGAAGCAGAAGAGCAAGAUUUGAGCUGCGACAACACUAUUAUACCAGAAGACAGCAAAAUCCUGUGCCAACUGCAAGCUGAAGACCAAAACAGCCGGGAUGCCGGUGUAUUGGAGUGCGGCAAAAACUCCUCCCUAUCAGAAAGUCGCGGCAAUAACUGCUGUACGGACCCGGCUGUAGCAGAGUCAAGUGCAGCGUCGCUGGUGCUGGAAAACCAAGGAAAGAGCUGCACUGCUGCCAAGAGCCUGGAGAGUGGUGGAAACGUGUCACCGCCUGAAGAACAGGGCAAGGACUUUGUGAAUGCCGGCGUGGUGGAGGGAGGCGAGAGUUUCUCCGAACUGGAAAGCCAAGAUCAAGAGUGCCCCAAUGCUGCCCAGGUGGAGCAUACCCAAUGCCAGAACCCUCUAGAAGCCCAAAAUGAGCCUCUGGCCGCAACUGAGCCGGUCUGUGGUGCUGACCCGUCGGCUCCUGAGAACCAGAAUGAGCGCUGGGAGGAUGUUCCCGUGCAGAACCGCAGCGGGAAGGUGCCCGUGGCAGAAGAGGAGGACAAGGAGUGUUCGGGCUUGGCCGAUGCGCUGUGUCGUGAGCUGCAUUUGUCCACAGGCGAUAAAGGGGAGAGCGCGGCCAUCUGCGGACAGGGGAGCCUCGAGGACGACUGUACCGCAGAGCUCUUUGCAGAGAUUGUGGGUUAUUUAACCGUGAAGGACAUAAGCAUUGAGAAGAUCAGCUUUGAUUAUUCCAACUACGGAGAUGCACAGCUCAGCGAGGGGGAUUUUGGCCACGUAACUGAAAUCUAUGACUUCUCCCCAUCGCUGAAAACGGAGCACCUGUUAGAAGUGUUCUCGGAUUUCCAUGAGAGUGGCUUCAAAAUCCAGUGGGUGGAUGAUACACAUGCCUUGGGAAUCUUCUCCAGCCUGUCUACAGCAUCUCAAGCCCUGGGGCGACGUUAUCCUUCUUUAAAGAUCCGACCAUUGAUCCAUGCAACAAAGCAGUCUAAAAUCAAGGCACUUCAGCGACCAAAGCUCCUUCACCUUGCAAAAGAAAGACCCCAGACUGACACUGCGGUGGCAAAGAGGCUGGUGACCCGGGCUUUGGGUUUGAAGCACAAGCAGCAGGGCGUCUUGGGCACCGAAAUGCUCCUACCGGAAAGCUUGGACCAGGAGGAAUAAACCAUCUCGGCUAACAAAAUUUGUAUAGAUGAGCAUGGCUGUGAUAUUAAACUGCAUGCAGAACAGUGAGUUGCCACAGGGAUGUUCUCUUAUGGAUUAGCACCAUCUUUUCUUUCUAAAAUUGGGAAGGGAAAAAGUUUACUAUUAAUGAGAUCUUGAGCUCAAGAGCCAAGCCCUGUGAGGGUUGCUGUUAGCUCUUCAUUAUGGAGAGCAUCUUGCCCUACUCCAUUUCAAAGUGUCUGUUAUUCACUGGGACACUUGCAGAAAGUAAGGCUGCUUACAGAAAAGCCUGUUCUAUAAUUUUUACAAAGAUGCCUUAGAGUAAGGGAAUUGUAUCUUCUUGGCCAAAAUUCAGCUGUAAGCAAGAGCAGAGCACCUGCAGGAGUCCAAAAAAAAAAAAAAAGCUGUUUAAUGUUUACUUUGCUGUAAUGUUAUUGUUAAAAUAUCCCACAAAGGUGGCAAGCAUUGAAUGCAAGUGAGUUUCAGGGUUUUUCCUUAUUUACAUAGUGUUUAAAGAGCCUGACUUGCUUUGUUGCACUGUUAGCAAGGAAAGUUGUCAUACACUGAUUAGGAAAAGAAAACCAGAACUUGCUGGUUGUGAUUUGCCCAGAGCCUGGUGUUAAGAGAUGCUGCAAGACACUUUGUUGUGGCAGCAGCAACAGAGCAUCCAACACAUCUCAGACUCUGCUUUUGCUGCACAGUCUGGCAUCUUGAGAACAAAAUGGAGUUUUCCAGCUCACAGUAGGCUAAAAACCUUUGCUAGGUGCUGCCCUCUGGGCCACUGGAUAAGUGACAGAAAUACUCUGACCAGGCAUUAGCAAAAGACUUACUUCUGCAUUAUUUAAGCCUCACAACAUCCCUGUGAGGUAGGUUAUGGAGAGCACAAGUUAGAUGCAGCCAGUCUAAAUUCCCCCUGUGGAUUGAAAUGGUCAGCUGUAAGUAUUCAGUUAACUUUAGCUGCUUGUAGAAGUCUUCUGUACAAACACAGAGGGAGAAGAAACUUCAGUACCAGGAAUUGUGAACAAGGCCCUAAACUUUCAUGGAGUAGA